UAUAAUUUGUAUAAAAUACAGAAAAAGGUAUUAAUUUUGUUCUAAAGGACACCUAGCAAGGCUGUGCAUGCAAGACUUUCAAGAGCUCUCUCAUACACACACACUCACACAAAUAUUAUGUAUAUAUGUAUCCAUCCCCUUCCUUCUCCUCCUUCCCAGAACAAUUAAGCAUACAUUCAAACCAAAUUAUAUACGGUUUUAAAGAAAAACCACCCGAAACAUACAUUCAAACUAGUUUUUAUAUUAUUUUGUAGCUGUCACCCACACAAACACAUUCAUAUCUGUUUUUCAGUAUUAAGUUAUGUAAAACACAAAUGCGCACCCGCAGCCUAACCUAAAGGAAAUCUAAUGGGGUAAUGGAUAAUACACGCAAGCAGGAAACAAAAUGCAAGCCUAGUUUAAAACAUUGUAUAUAAAAGAAUCCUUUAACACUUUACAUCUGUUUCAACAAACAAUGUCCUUUUUGCUAAGGUAAAACUGUAAGGUUUCGGAAUUUAAGGUAUAGAUGGAAUGUAGAUUUAUUAAAAUGAUUAAACUUGGAUUUAACAAAUAAAAUUAAAUCAGCAAUGGAGUAGUAAGGAAACCUGUAUUUUUAAUGCUUGGGAGGCAGUAGAUACAAACAAAAUGUUCUUAAGACUCAAUAUAUCUAAUGUGCUUUAGCGGUAAAUAUUUUGCAUUAACAAUUAUUUUGGCCCAUUGAGUGUAUAGAAAAAGAAAUUAAAAAUAAUCAAACACAUAAACAAAAACAGUUACACAUAUAAAUCCACACAGAGUAACCCAGAGUAAAUUGUAAAGGACACAUGAAAAAAACAAGACCACGCAGAUUAGAGAUUUGAUCUGGAUUUGAGAGGGAGCUUUGGUAGUUGUCAGUUUAGCAUGGGUAAACAGACAACUCUCCCAAACCUCAGACAACAUAUUCCUCUGAUGCCCCUUUGUUUUUCCAACUGUCUAAUUAGUUUCUCAGGGGGGUGAGAUGUCAGAAAUCGUAAGUAAAUAACACCUACAAAGGCAUCAGGAGGAUUUGGCAUACAUACCGGGGCCAAAUGGUGAGAUGGAUCAUUUCUGACUAAAAUGAAAAAGAUUGUAAUACAACAAAAAUGCUUCUCUUUAUAUGCUUAGUGGUAUUUGAGAGAAGUACCUGAAAAGCAACAACUCUUGUUUCGUGGUAACCUAACACAUAAAUUGGCCCCUAAAAGUACAGCAGUAACUAAACAUGAAACCUACGAAAAUGGCGAGGUGCAGGCCAAUAUCCGCAAUGUACAGCUAUCCCCCUCCAAAACUGCAAGCCCAGACAUUUUUUUUCAAUGGCAUCAACAUCCUUACAUUUGUAACAAUAAUUAAUUAUUUUGCAGACCGCUCUAUAAUUUAUUUUUUACCAUUUUAUUUAUCAUCCAACUGAAGAGGUCCCAGAGAAUUAAUUUUUCUGCAGUUUAUAUCAAACUUUGCAUUGUAGAGUGUCUUUAAAACUGUAACAUCUAAGGCCUCACCCGCUCCCCGUCCCCCCACAAUAAUUUUCAUUCUCUCUUAACCAAAGAGGACGUGGUCUUGUAAAUAAAAAAUACCAGACAACGUUUCAAAAAGCUAUUAUCCCAACUUUAAAAAAAAAAAAAGUUAAGCUUAUUUUUUUAAAGCUUUGCCUAAAUAAAUUGCCCAGCGUGCAAAAAACACGAAUCAAGGAAAACUUCUCUAAAUCCAAUUUACAAAGAUAGGCCAAAACUGUAUAGUAGGCUCAUCAUCUGCAGAUUUUAAAGAACGUUUCAGAUACCAGGGUGCAAUGGAACCUCUCAUUUACAGAGGGAUUUUACAAUAAAAAACAUUUAACAGAGAAGCCAUAGCUUUGCAACUUCAUGUAGGGAGCGAAAGAGGGCUGUUGUGGCCAGCACUGUUAUCUGAAGAAGGAUGUCCUCCUACAUCCACUCCAUAUACCCCUCCCCUCUUUUCCUGACUUGUUUUUCUAAAACUGCCAUCUUCUCCAUAUCCUCCUGAUGAACAGACAGCUUUUAGUCAAAGAUCCAAUGAAAUAAGAAAGGACAUCAAAUAAAGUUUUAAAAUAUAAACUAUCAUAAACUUUUUAACAUGAAAAAACAAGGCGUAGAAAUAAGAGAGCUGGCCUGAAUUUUAGUGCAAACUUUGACAACUGAUAAAUCUUAAUUUAGUGAAACAGCUUUGUGUCCAUUCUUUUUGAUCUCUCGUGCUUUAGCAUGGCCAAGAGUUUGUCAAACUCUCCUCAGUUUUAUAAGGCAUUAUUCCCCCCCUGCCAUUGUUUUGCCUAACUUUUUAAUAAUUUUUCAGGAUGGCAUAAAAGCAUUAUGAGGAUUACCUACUUGGUGAUGUUCUGUAGCAGUACCUGCAAAGCAACAAUUACUUUGUUUCUUUUAUCAUCACAUGGAAGGGGCCUUGAAGAAUUAAUUUUUCUGUUCUUGUAUAGCACUUUUACACAGAUUGUAACCAUAGAUACUUUACGGUGGUAAAUAAUACAAGGCAGUAGAUGACAGACCUGAGAAACUGCUAAAAACAGUGGCCCACCACCCAUAUACCUAAAGUACCCCUGAGCCACAGACCUCCCCCAUUUUCUUAAAAUCUUCUCUUAAAUCAGCCCCUCUUCCACUUCAACUAUGCCUUUUAAUUUUGCAAGAUUAAAAUGUGAUCCUUGGUGUUGCAUAACAGAUUUAUAAAUAUCUUAAAAGAAAAUAUCUUAAAAGAUAUCCUGUAAUCAAACUGUUUGAUUACAAGUAGCCAAUGAUGGCAAUCUUGGAAAGCCACAUGAUCAGUUUACAUUGGCAAUUUGUAUAGCGCAUGGAAUAUAUAUAAGUGACUAGGCUGAAGUUCAACCAGGAAAAGGAAACACACUCUCUCCUCAAGACUGCUCUGCAAGUGCAAUUAAACUUCUGAACUCAUCUUGUGAAACUAAACAUGAACACUCAGCCUGUCGUCUUUGUACAGCCCCAAUUUUCUGUGGCUACUGCACAAAGUAAUGCCUGGCAGACCGAUUUGAUGGACUGCUGCAGUGACUGUGGAGUCUGCCUAUGUGGAGUAUUCUGUUUCUAUUGUCUUGGAUGUCAAGUAGCAAGUGACAUGAAUGAAUGCUGCUUGUGUGGCUCAAGCGUUGCCAUGAGGACUCUCUACCGGACAAGAUACGGAAUCCCUGGAUCCAUCUGCUCUGAUUUCUGUACUACCCUCUGGUGUGGUAUAUGCUCUCUUUGUCAAAUAAAGAGAGAUAUUAACAUAAGGAAGGAAAAGGGGAUAUUCUAGUAAGAUGUUCCUGUACUCUUUGGUUUUGAGGCCUAGAAUCUCCCUAAGCAAGUCUUCUCCUCUCCUGCUGUACUUACAGUUCAAGAAAGUGCUGUAUGCAUUUUAAUUUGAUUGUUGCAAAGCACGACUUAUCUGAAAUAAAUCAAUAAAGUAAAGCAACAUCAAA